CAAAAGGAAGCUUCCUCACGAGAAAGACGGUAUCAAAUAAUGGAAAAAGAUCUAUACUUCCGCAAAACUCUCGUUCUUGAUUGCUCUUAUCAUAUCUCAUUCAAGAAACGAUCUCCUUCUCGAUGUCUCUCUCAGUUUAUUGGUUGUGCACUUAUGGAUGUGGGUUUUUAUUGAGUGGUGAAGUUUGCAGCGGUGAUGAUCUUAAGCACAUGUUGAAGAAGGCGACCCUUUUGUUAUUUCAAAGAAAUUUGGAGCACUAUUCCAGAUGAAUUGAGCUGUUGGUUUCUAGCUAGAGAAUAGCCAUGUCUGCUUAUGGCCACCAAAUGGAGCGUGAGUACUCGGCUCAGAGCUUUUCCAGUAGAGGAGGUUCCGAUAGGGACAGCCAUUACAUGAUGGAGUCAGGUUUCUACAUGACAUCAUUUGCCGCGACAAUUUUCAUCGGUGCGCUUGUGACCGUCGGGGUUUUGUUGAUUACUCUGCUGAUUACGCUUUCCGUGAUGCUGCAAUCUUGUGAAAAUAGGAGUGCGGGAGUUGUUGAGACACAGAAAUCAGAUUAUGACUACAAUACCUGCAAGACUCUUGCUCUCCAUGCGGAGCUCAACAACUUGGAUGCAAGUCAGAUUCCUGUAAUUUGCAGGACUCCUGCUAUCUCGUAUAUCGAAGAAGGCCAAUAUGCCAGAGAUUUAAACUCUACCAUGAGGGUGGUAGAGGAUUAUUUCAAAAGUGUCACCCCAUCAGAUGAUGGACUAGAUGUGUUUUUGAUGGACAUAGAUGAUAUUCUUUCUCCAAGUCCUCAAUAUGCUAAUUUAUCACUACAAGGGUAUGAUCAAUUUGGUUGUAGUAAAUGUAUUGAAGAUGCAAAACCUCUGAAGCACGAGAUUAUUCUUCGAAUAUAUGCGAAACUUCAAGCUAGUGGCUGGCCUUUAAUUUUGUUGUCUAGAAAGCCUGAGAGACAAAGGAACGCCACAAUAGAGCACCUUGGUUCUGCUGGAUACAAAGAUUGGUCUUCAUUGAUAAUGAGGUCAGAAGAUGAACUGCAUAUGGAUAGCCGCGAGUACUUUUCAAGAAGAAGGGCAGCAUUGCACAAAAAAGGUCUCCGCAUUGAAGGCGCGAUAAGCAGUUACUAUGAUGCAUUGACUGGUCCUUAUUCCGCGGGGCUUGUUUUCAAGCUUCCAAACCCAAUUUAUUAUCACAAUCAUGAUGAGAAUCAAAAUGAGAACAGAGAUGCACCUGUAUAGAUUACGUUCAGAUGUAUUACCAUUGAUUUCUUCUUUUCUUGAUGGAGAGUAUAUAUGAUAGAGAACUUGAAAUAGCCAUAGAAAAAACAUUGCCACUCUUUUCAGUACCCUGUUCUGUAAAUAUUAUUUCUUUCAAUGUUAAUAUUGU